GAAAGAGUGGGUUUUUAGAGAAUCAAGACGAAGGUUGGACCUUGUCCCUCGUUGCAAACUUCCUAUGCUAAUAUGCUAACUGAACAAAGACUAGGAAUCGUCUACCGAGUCGUGAAUAUGCUCGUUUAUUUUGAGCCAAUGGCCAUGUGCGAUCUGCCCUCUGACCUCAUUCUAGCGCCAUUACCGGCCAAAAAGCAGCUAUGGGAAGCAGGCGAUGAGUUUGUGUGGAAGGCCGCGGGGCAGAGAGGGAUGGGAGACAAAGGAGCCUUUGGAUUGGCAACGCACGGUGGCCUUGUCAAGCUAGACGAUCGUGAGCUGUCUUGCAGUGAUGCUUGGUUGCCGUACAAGUGCUUGGAGACUAGGGGCCAGUCGAGAAGCACUGCUAGCUGGGAGGAGUGGUGCUCGGGGAUAGAUGGGUUUGGAGGACUUGUCAUGCUUGCUGCAUCCUUAAUAGCGUAGUGUAUAUAUCGGAAAGACUCCAAGAUCCGCGUAUCUAACUCUCAGUCGAUGUAUUCGUAGCACUUAUAGGCGAUGGCGAGACUAAAGAAAACAUUCGUGUUAUAUUUCCAUCGCUUGCUGAAGGACAUUCUCAAGAAGUAAAUGCAUACCCUCCCAAUUUAGCAUACAUGAAUCUGAAAUCGAGCAUUGGAUUCUCUUCCAACAUGUUUGCUGUUACCGAAGCGGCGCGUAGAUGGCCAGAUGCAGCUAUGAACUUCAUCGUGUGAAUCACCCAA